AUGUCUGCAGCUUCAACACCACACAAGCCUCGCAAGAAGAAGAGACAGCUUGUCCGAAGCAAUACCUUAACAGAUAUAGCAAAAGUCCAACCCGGAUCAGACCGCAUCGAUCCAGAAUUCAAUCUUGUAUCUUUCUUGCUUCCUGCCCGAGGCAAAUCACAAUGGAUAUCGGUACCGCUAAUCCUCAUCUUCACGGGCCUAUUCAGGUGGUGUGUUGGGAUAUGGGGCUAUUCAGGCCAAGGUAUUCCUCCCAUGCACGGUGAUUUUGAGGCUCAAAGACAUUGGAUGGAAAUUACUCAACACACACCACCUUCAAUGUGGUACUUCUACGAUCUGCCGUAUUGGGGUCUAGAUUAUCCGCCUUUGACAGCGUACCACAGCUGGAUCUGUGGGAAGAUUGGCACUUUGAUCAAUCCAGAAUGGUUCGCACUCUACAGUUCUAGAGGUUACGAAAGUCAGAGCCUGAAAGUCUAUAUGCGGGCGACAGUCAUUGUGUCUGAGUAUCUGGUAUACGUAGCGGCACUGAUCAUAUUCAUCAGACAUUACAGCAGAAGUCAAGGUUUAGGGACGACGGCAUCGAAUAUUGCUCUCGUUGCUAUUCUUAUGCAACCAGCAACGAUGCUCAUUGACCACGGCCAUUUUCAAUAUAACACCGUCAUGCUCGGAUUUGUCAUUGCGAGCUUGUCCAGUAUAUACGCGGGUCGUCCGUUAUGGUCUUGCAUCUACUUCGUUGCAGCGCUUGGUUUUAAGCAGAUGGCACUUUACUACGCACCAGCAGUUUUCGCCUACCUCCUGGGCUCAUGCCUUUCACCACGUUUGCGCAUAGGUCGGUUGCUUGCUAUUGCGAUUAUCACGAUUGUCGCUUUUGCUGCACUACUUGCACCACUUCUCGCAGGCACGCUCUACGAUCUCUAUCGUGGCUUUGACUUGCCCUACCGACCACCCCCACCGUUCCUUGCGCAACGACGGAUUACCUUGGAUGGCAAGACACCAGUUGGUGCCAUACUGUUGCAACUCUCACAGAUGGUUCACCGCAUUUUUCCUUUCGCUCGAGGAGUGUUCGAAGACAAGGUAGCGAACUUCUGGUGCGCACUUAACACUGUCUUCAAGCUUCAGAAAAUCGAGACUUUAAUCGCACUUCCACGUUUAUCCGCAUAUAUGACAUUCAUGUCUAUCCUACCUGGUAUGGUCAUUCUCCUUGGCUGUCCUAAACCACAACUCCUCCCUUACGCAUUUGCAAGCAGCGCCUUUGGCUUUUUCCUCUUCAGCUUCCAGGUUCACGAGAAAUCGAUCCUCCUCCCAGUACUACCUAUGACCUUGCUGCUCGGCAGUAGCAAAGGACUUUCCAAGGAAUACAGAGCCUGGAUCGGCUUCGCCAACGCCCUUGCAGUUUGGACGAUGUUCCCACUGCUUCGUCGAGAUGGCCUGGCGAUCCCAUACACUGUCCUUACAGCUCUGUGGACAUGGCUACUUGGCCUACCGAUCUUCAGUGUUAGUUGCUACUACGAUCCCGAUCUGCCCAAUGUACCGGGUCGACCACUCGCGCCUGAUGAGCUGCGGACACCGACCAAGAUCUUCCACUGGUGGUCGUACAUACUCAUGCUGUUCUGGCAUUUGUUGUCAGCGUUUGCAAAGCCACCUGAUAACAAGCCAGAUCUAUGGAUCGUGGUCAAUGCUUGCUUCGGAUGCCUCGGGUUCGGCAUAUGCUAUUUAUGGUGCACGUGGAAACUAAUACUUGAGUCCGGACUACUAGACGAUUACUUCGAGUACAUUGAGAGGAGAGUCGAUGCGGCAUUGAACGAGGCAGAUAAGAGAGUGACGAAGUACCUCGGCGAGGAAGAGACUAUCACAGAAGAGAAGGAAGAUGGAUCUGCCGACAGUGCUAGCGUCGUUGCGACGCCGAGUAGUGGUGAGAAGCACAGUAAGAAGAAAGGCAAAGGUAGGAAACGGUAA